CGCAGUGUCCCCCCCCCGGGUCCCCCCCAGUGUCCCCCCAGAGCGGCCCGAGGUGUCCCCGGAGCCCCCCCGAGUGUCCCCGACGUGUCCCCAAGUGCCACCACCGGCCAUGGAGACCCCCGGGAGCGCCCAGGUGCCCCCAGAGGUGCCCCCAGAGGUGCCCCCCGAGGUGUCCCCUCCGUCCCUGGAGCCGCUGGUGGCCGCGGUGGCCGCGCUGCACGAGCUGGGCACCGUCCUGGGGGCCACCGCGGGCGACCUGGCGCUGGCCCCGACGUGCCCGUCCCUGCGAGGAGCCCUGGUGGCCUUGGCCCACGACCUCGCCCGCGCCCUGCGCCCGCCGCCCGCCUUCCCCCUGAGCACCAUCCUCGCCCGGGCCACCCACGAUGCCACCGGUGAUGCCACCGCCCCGGGGGCCAACUGGCCCGAGGUGGUGGCCGCGGCGCGGGCGUGGCAGGACGAGGUGGCCGCGGCCGCGGCCGCCUGGGCCGGGCUGAGCCGCCGGGCCGCCGAGCUGGGCGAGCUCUGCCAGGCCGUGGCCACCGACGAGGGGGCGGCCGUGGCGCGGCUGGAGGCCACCACGGCGCGGCUGGAGGCCGCCAAGGGCCGGUGCCACCGAGGGCUGGGCGACCUCCUCGCCGCCGCGGCCACCCGGGACCUGCUGGCCUUCGACAAGGAGGAGGUGGCCACCGCCCUGAGCGAGCACGAGGCGCGGGUGGCCCGGGGCGCGGCCGCGCUGGCGGAGGCCGCCGAGGAGCGGGGGGAGGCGGCCGAGGCGCGGCACGAGGCCGGGGUGGCCGCGGGGCGGGCGCGGAGGGCGCGGGAGGCGACGGGGCCGCUGCGGGGCCUGGCGGCCGCCUGCGAGGGCGCGGCCCGGCUGCACCGGGGCAUCCUCGGCCGCGUCCGCGCCGCCGUGGCGGCCACCGAGGAGGCGGCCAGAGGUGGCCACGGUGGCGGCGGUGGUGGUGGUGGUGGCCGCGGGGGGGUGUUGGCGGGGGCGGAGGGGGCCGAGCGGGCGUGGUCGGCCGCGGGCGGGCUGGGCCGGCGGCACCUCGGGGGCAUCGUGGGCGACGUCGCCGUCCGGCUGGCCGGGGGUGGCACCGGGGCGGGCACCGGCCCUGAGGUGGCCGAGAGGAUCCGAAGGGCCAGGGGGGACAUCCCGGCACUGCUGGAGGGGAAGUGACGUCAUCGGGGACGCGGUGACGUCACCGGGGAUGCUGUGAUGUCAUCGGGGGCGUGGUGAUGUCACCGGGGACGUCAGUGAUGUCAUCGGGGAUGGUGAUGCCACUGGGGGUGUUGUGAUGUCACCGGGGACGCUGUGAUGUCAUGGGGGACACCGUGACAUCACCAGGGAGGCCAAUGACGUCAUCGGGGACCGUGACGUCACUGAGGAUGCUGUGAUGUCAUUGGGGACCUUGUGACGUCACCAGGGACACUGUGAUGUCAUGGGGGACACCAUGACAUCACCGGGGACACCAGUGAUGUCAUUGGGGAUGGUGACGUCACCAGGGACACUGUGAUGUCAUGGGGGACACCAUGACAUCACCGGGGACACCAGUGAUGUCACCUGGGAUGCUGUGAUGUCAUCAGAGACGGUGACGUCACCAGGGGUGCUGUGACGUCACCAGGGGUGUUGUGACGUCACCGAGGAUGCUGUGACAUCACCAGGGACACCAUGACAUCACCGAGGACAUCAGUGAUGUCAUCACAGACGGUGACGUCACCAGAGACGCUGUGAUGUCAUCAAGGACACCAGUGAUGUCAUCGGGGACGGUGACAUCACUGGGGACGCUGUGAUGUCAUCGGGACACCAGUGAUGUCACUGGGGAUGCUGGGAUAUGAUUGGGGAUGGUGACGUCAUCAGGGCUGGUGAUGUCACAUGCGACGCUGUGAUGUCAUUGGGGGGCGUGGUGACAUCACCGGGGACGCUGUGA